AAAAAAAAGAAGGAUUCUUCUAAAUAUGGGCCGCAUUGGGAAAGGGCCCAUGAAAGUGGCCCAAAUGAAUGGAAUUGGUCCAAUUGGAAGUUGGCUCCUUCGUCCCCAAAUCAAAAAUCUCAUCUCAGUUCUUCUCUGUCUCCAUCCACCAUUGGAGAUCUGAGUUUGAUCUUCGUUUUCAACAAUUGAAGAUGAAUUAUCAGUCUCCUGUGGUAGCAAUGGCACUGCUGCUCUUCUCGUUGCUUCUUUCAGCUUUGAUUCCAUCUGGAUCAUCAUCCUCAACUGUCCCUGCUUUCCUCUGGGUUAAUCCAUCAUCAUCAUCGUCGUCGUCGUCUUCGUCAUCUGUAAAUUAUCAGACUCUUUCUCCAAAGGAUCUGGCUAAGUCCCUUCUCUCCCAAGCUGGAUGGUCACACUUACUGUGCUCAGAAGAUCAAGUUGAGCAACCUUUGGAUCUGGCUCUUAUCUUUGUUGGUUCACAGCUACGGUCUUCUGAUCUUUAUGCAAACUCCAAUGCAGACAAAGAUUUUGUAGACUUUCUCAAGGUGUCCUUUACGAAAUCUAAUUUCUCCACUGCAUACCCUUACAUUGCUACAACAGAGGAGUCAAUGGUCGAUUCAUUGAUACAAGGAGUUACUGAGACUUGUGGAAACAACAUUAAUUUGGGUAAUAUUGUUGUCUCGGAGUCAUGCUCCCUACCGGAUGGAAAUUUUAAAAGACUUGCGAAUGUGCAGUCUGUUCAUGAUUACCUGAGUUCAAGGGCAGAAAAGAAAGCAAAUGGAGAAGCAAAUGUGCUCGUGUUCUGCCAUGAAGAGUCUAACUCUUUGGAUAGUGCUCACAAAUCAGAUUCAGAGACUGAAACUUUUGGCAAGCUUGUUGGUUCCAUGGAUCAGUCUGGGGAAAAAUACUCAGUUCUAUAUGUUUCAGAGCCCUCUAAGUCUAUUCAAUAUCCAUUGUCUCGGGAUGUAGAAAGGUUUUUGGCUGAAGGCACCAAUUCUACAAUCUGUGGUGAAGUUUGCAAGAUCAAAUCAUCACUUUUGGAGGGACUUCUAGUGGGCAUUGUUUUGCUUAUAAUCCUAAUAUCCGGCAUUUGCUGCAUGAUGGGAAUCGAUACUCCAACAAGAUUCGAGACACCUCAAGACUCUUAAUUUGUAGUAUAUCUAUCGCUUUCAGAAGCACAAGUGCUCAAUUCAAGGCAUUGGUAAACUAGAUGAUGCUUGUUUUAUAGUUCCAAUGGGUGGGAGAUAGAGAUACCCUUUUGUAAUGAUUUUGUUAUCUUGCUCAGAAGCUUUGUUUUUUUUCCCCUUUUCUUCUUUUCAAUAGAAAUAAUGCAAUAUGAUAUCUUUUAGGUCUCCAUGCUGGGUUGUUCUUUGUUUGUAAUUCUAUUUAUUACUUUGGCCAUAGUUAUAUAAAACCCCAGCUAACAGGUCCAAACAAGCUACCUACCCUCUUAUUUUAUAUCAUUUGUUACAUAAUAAAGGGCCCUACUGAGAAUUAUUGUUCA